AUGAGAUAAUCGACCAUCAUGGCGAACCGCGAAAACGAUAUGGAGGCUCACGAAGCAGUGGCAAAAGGGCUAAAUUCCCCUGAAAUACGAUCGAGUACCAAAAUACCAUUCGCUGACGAAGGUGUAGAAUUAGAACAUGUCAAACCAGAUGAGCCUCUACGACCCAAACGAGUUAAAGAUGUAGAAAAAGGUUAUUCGGAUAGAGAAGUUGGUAAAAUACAUGCGUCAGACCUUGGAGCUGUACAUUCACCAAACAGCGAUACAAUAGUAGUAGAUACGCCUGAAGGAACGCUUUAUAUAACUUUAGAUCCAGAUUCAUCUAGGUCAUCCAAACUUACCAGCCCGACGAGCCCUACGAGUCCUAGUACACAAUCAACUGACCUCUCUGAAUCACCCAGUACUUCCAAAGCAUUUGGUGCUAAAGAAUCUGACGAUCUGAUAACCUCUGAAAGUGAAAUAGAGCAGAGAAGAACUAAUUUGCGAAGGAAUUCGAUAUCAAUGCCAACAUUGCCCAAUAUGGAGCUCCUGAGACAGGAAUAUUUGAGCAACACGCAAGGAAAUAUUCCAGAGCACCACCAGAGCACAGCAUCAGGGUUCAGUGAUGGCGACAAUACUGCUGAUGAUAACGCGCUCUCCGAAGAUGAUAGAUCGAAAACACCGCUCAGAUCUCCUCGCAAGAAGUAUCCAAGGCGCUCCCGGUCCGAGUUUAGUAUGGAUGACGACGAAUAUUCACCAAGCAAUUCCGUCACCUCGGUUAAUUCACUGGCCAGCUUGCUCAAAGAGAAACUGCAGAGUAUACCGCAAAAGAUGAGAAAGAAGCCAACAGACUACAAGUUGCGAGCCUUCGUGCUACUAAUGUUCCUUGCAGUAGCAUUCUUCAUAGGUUUUGCGUACACGCUGUAUCAUCAGAAAGCUCUCACUAAAGCGUACUUUGAAAGCGUACAGUUUAACGAACCCAAGCGCCUUAUAAGGAUCUUCAAUACAGAUGAUGUUGAGAUUCUGAGAGCUUAUCUCGCUGUAGACCUCCACGGCAAGCAAAAAGCUUUCCCCUGUCUACCAGAGCACCGUCUCUCUGACGGCUCGGAGUGCCUGGAGUGGCUCAACACUCUGCGCUUCUACCUCAAAUGUCUGCCGCAUGACCCCGGAAUGGACAAUACCACUUGCUAUUCCGUGCAUUGGAAGGCUUUACGACAUGAUAUAACUCCAAACGACUGCUUCGACUGGAGCGAAACCAAAGUGCACUGGUACGGCGGUGGACAAUCCAUUAACCUCACCUGGCCUCUCGACUCCGGGUCUAUCGACUACACCCCCUUCAUUACGGGAGACAUGCAGAAGUCCCAACUUGGCAAUGUCCUCACACGUUACUUCAUCAAUUCUAAAGGCGCAGCCAUCAUCGUGGAUGACGAAACACCUCUAUACUUAGCGGUGAACAAUGGGAAAAAACAAAUUUGCAUUAAAGCGCAGUUCGACGAGUUUGCGUACGCCAACAAGCUGACAGAAUUCCCAGAAAUGAGAUACAAUAUAUGCACUGCAAUGGACAUGAAGUCGUUGCAUUCAUCCAUCCACAGCCACAGGCGAGCUCCUCUAUGGGAUGGACUGAAGCCGGCUGAUAUGCAAACCCUAGAAUCGUUAAUAUCGGAGCCAGUAUGGCAAAUUGCACCCAGAUUUAAACAUGAACUUCAAGCAGAGACGAUUGCUAAAUACACGGAAGAUGUCAUAGAUUUGGGCUUUCUGAAGCAGGGUCACGUGCUUAUCAAUGAGUUUUGGCAAGAGGAGAUAGGUGAUUUUAGCGUAGACGUCAAGCGCUUCAGUACUCUCAACACAACUGUUGAUAAACUACACCGCAGAGGUUUUAAAGUCGCGUUUACUGUGCAACCGUUUAUCAGUACGGAAAGUGCGAAUUUUGCUGAAACAGUACAAAAGAGAUUGCUCAUCACUGAAAGGAAUGGGGAUAGACGCAUACCGGCUUUGACUCGCUUUAAAUCCGUCGAUAGCGCUGGGGUUCUAGACAUUACAGACGACAGAACAAUAGCCUGGAUUUACGAUAAAUUACGGGUAGUUAUGGACAAAUAUCACAUAGACUCAUUUUAUUUCGACUUAGGAACGGCAUACGAUAUGCCGUACUACUAUAGAUGUGAGAAGCGAUUGAUAAACCCUGAUCAGUACAAAACUGCUUUCAUAAAGGCGUUCGAGAAGAAUUUGAAUAUUAUUGGAGUGUCUUCGGCUGUGAGUUUGCCGAGACCUCCGAUAUUUGUGUCGUUGCCGCCCUUCGAGUCGAGCUGGGAAGCUUUGCAAUCCGUGAUACCUACGAUGUUAACGUAUGGAGUAAAUGGGUAUCCGUUUAUAAUGCCAGGAGCAGUAGGUGGGGAUAUUUAUUGGCCAGGGAGUGAACAGUUUCUGCCAUCGGCUAAAGGAUCUUUGGAUACGAACGCGACGAACUCGUCCCAAAAUGGUAUAGCGUUACCAGAAAAGGAGUUAUACAUGCGGUGGUUGCAAAUGGCGACCUUUUUGCCAGUGAUGAAGUUCACGCAUUUGCCGAGUAAAUAUAAUGAUGAGAGGGUUCUGGAAAUGGCCAAGAAUUUGACGUUGUUGCGGCAAAAAUUAGUGACGCCGCUGCUGCUGCGGCUGCGGCGCGCGGCGCUGGAGGAGGGGCUGGGCGCGGCGCGCGCGCUGUGGCUGCGCGCGGACGGCGACGCGGCGCUGCAGCUGCGCGACCAGUUCGCGCUCGGCGCCGACCUCGUCGUGGCGCCCGUGCUCGCGCGCGGCGCCACCGCCCGCGAGGUGUACCUUCCCAGCGGUCUCUGGCAGGACGGUAUUGACGGAUCCCUGCGGAAGGGCAACCGCUGGAUGCACGAGUACAAGGUGCCGCUGGACAAAGUGGCCUACUUCAUACGGAAACCUGAUGACAUGAGGUUCAAGUGAUAUGGGAUAGUGGAAUUAAUUGGAAAAAUUUAAGUGGAAGAUGGGAAGAUUUAGAUAAAACCAAAAAUAGAGAAAACGCGAAAAUUUGAACUGGAUAGCCGAAUAAAUUGGAUGAAAUAAAGUUGAAAUUGAAAAUAAUAAAACUCGACUGGAAAUAUUUAUAAUAUACUUAAUCUUGGUUUAUAACCCCAGUAUGCCAUUUAUUGAACAUCUAUCUAUUGAUAUCACAUAGAUUAUUAUUUAUUCACGCCAUUUAAACAAUAUCUCUGGGGUAAUAAAAAUAUAUUUAGUGUUGCUUUUUAUGAAUUUUUAAGCUAUAUCUGUAGUCUUAAUUGAGCUAAAUAUCUUUAUUAUUUAUGAUUCAUGAGAUUAAAAGGGAACCAAAGUCAAGUAAGAUUUAACAAGUUAAGUUGGGACCAUUUUUGUCAAGUUUUAUAUAACUCUAAUAUUAAUAGUUUAAUCUAUGUUAUAAUGAUAACAGUGAUUUUUUAUAGCAUCGAUGUUACUUCCUACACUUCUAUAACAUGUGUUUUAGAAAUCUGGAUUAUAAUUAGCUGCUGCUGCUUUAAGAGGGCUUGUGAAGUAUUCUAUCUAAACUGUCAAGUUUGUCUUUUUUUAUUAUUUUUUUAUG